AGCUUUUAUUAUUCUGUCUCUGCCCUCUCCUGGCCGCGGUUGGGACAGUAUCAUGUUGUUCCCACUGUUCUCUCGCUCCAUGACAAAAACCAACUCGGAUUCGGUCGUCUAGAGCUCCUUGCCAAUAGCGUCCAAUAGCGUCCAACAGCGAGAAAUGCGAGGCCUGUUGAGGUCUGAUGCUCUUGUCCGCAAAGGGCAUCCUGGGAACAGAGCCGCUGACCCUCUCGUCUCACAGAUGUCCAACCAUAGAAUGGCGGGCAAGCCUCUACUGUCCUUGGUGUUAUGGAUGACAGCAUCUUCACUUUCCAACGCCGCCAGCGCCGGUCUCCCAAGCGAUAUAGCCAGUUUCAUCCCUUCCUGCGCAUGGGGCUGUUUUCAAUCCUUCCUAUCAGCCAACUUCGAUGCCGAGGUCUGUGGGCCGGCACUGUCUUUGCAGUGUCUUUGCCGGAAAACCGGGAGGUCAGGGUUCACGAUUGGGGAGGGCGGCGUUCAGUGCAUUGUUGCCGAGAGUAAUCGGAAUUCAUGCCAUGGAUCCGAUGCAUCAGGACAAGCCGUGACCAAGGCAUACGGCAUGUGCUUGGGAGUGGCCAAUGCAGCUCCGCAGACCCAUGCCACCAUCGUCGCGACGAUGGUGAUUCCAUCAGGUACCGGUGCGGUAGUUGUGCCCACCGUAACCAUCACAGCAGCUGCAGGGGCUAUCACGGCACCUGUAGAAGCUAGCUCGACGGCAGUACAGGCGGCACCGGCAACACCAACGAGUUCACCAAUCUCUACAAUAUCACCAGAUGAGCCAAGCGUGUCCAGAACGUCUAAGCUCACGACCGCUCAGAUUGCCGGGAUCUCCGGUGGCGUUGCUGCGGCCGUGGGCUUAGCGAUAGGUCUAAUCUUUUUAAUAAGAUGUAUUCGCAGGAGGAGGUAUCGUGAUCGGGAAUCAGGGCUCUUGACGGGGCGGGGCUCGCGGGGUUUUGGUUUGCUCAAGAGCAACCAGAAUAGCCCAAAUCUCCAGAUUUCCGCGCCGAUACACAAGACUCCGGUAGAAAUGGAUUUCAAAAGACCGGGAGACCGGGAGAGCAUUCUCCCCGGCUCGAUCGGCCUGGCCAUUUCCCGCCCUAACACCACACCCUCGGCGGGAACGACCCAAGGCCGGCCCCUGACCUACACAUCGAAUACCCAGGAAACCCAAGAACCCCCGAAACCAACCUUGACCUUGACCAUCCCGCAGACACCAGGGUCGCACCAACAUGAAGCACGGGUAACCUUGACAGGGCGCGAAAGCGUAGUGACAGAGUUUGCGGAGGACGGCGAGCCAGAUAGUGCCACCGGAGCUCAUGUAUGGCGGCCACCUCCAUCAGACCCGCAAUCGGCGACAACCUAUUAUGUUGCUGAUAAAUGGGGCAACUGGAUUCUCGCCAACCAGAAACGAAAAUCCCAAGCGGCCGAGCUUGAAGUACCGAAUCCCUUGACCGGGACGAAGAAGUCGGAGAGAGCGAUGGGCGCCCCAUCCGGCCCCCCCGUCGACGAUACGAGACUGGCCCCUUCACUUCCAGCAAGACUGGCGCCCACCAAAUUGGGCUCGCCGAUUGUAUUCAAGGACAAAGCAGCCGCCAGCGGUGUGGGCGUGCCGUCCAGCAUCUAUUCAAACUUCAGCGUGCCACAGUCGGCUACUCUGAGCCCUGGCAAUCAUUUGCCGAGGGCACAACCCCCGCCGAGCACGUACUUCGAUCUCAUCCGAGAGAGCGGUGCCGGGCAUAUAGGGGUCCCGGUGCAAAGGCGCAAUUCACGACGAGCUAGUCGGCCAGUAACGCGGAAUUCCUACGAGUCCGGAACGACGAUCGAGUCAGCAGGAGCCGGCGAUGAAGACGACAUUGACGACGAGCCACAAGAAAUGCUGUCCCUUGUCGUCGAGUCACCUCAAACACCGAUCUCGCCUGGGACGUCACCCGUCUCCUAUCCCAGGAUUCCCGGUGCAGGAAGCACGCCGGCGAGGCACCCAACCCCCAACAAGGGGCCCGCAUUUUCGCUCUUCCCGGCACCCUUAAGAGCAAGCAUCCCCAAUGGGCAUAGGCAGCUAAGCUCAACCCCGGGAGUCAUGGAGCCCGUGAAGUCGCAUCAGGCCCCCCCACCAUCCCAACCCCCCAGUAUCCGGCAACCUCUCCAGGCACUGGCUCUGAACCUUCAGCCCAGCCGCAACCCGGCCCAUAUAAGAAACGGAUCGCCCGAAGCAAGGUCGAGUUCGGCACCUCCGGAACAGCAGCAGCGACAGCCGUCACCGCAAACCCUCCGAGUUGGCGAAUCGGUGAAUGGAUACAACUCCAACGCAAGCUCCCUGCUCCCCAAGCGCCUCGGCGCCGACCGAGCCGCGGCGCUGGUCCUAGGCGUCGGGGCGCCGAGGGGUAAAUGGCGGCGAGACGGAGGUGGGCAACAGCAAGGCGGCGCGCCGGGGUUCAUCACGGAUGAGCUCGGGCACGUGGCGUUGCCGGCAACACCCGGGUGGGAGCCGAAGCUGACGCUGACGCGCAGAGGGGAGGAUUUGUUCCUCAAUGUGCAAUAACGAAAACCUAGGGCAAGGGCGAGGGGCGGAAGGGGAUACACUAUCGUUUGUUAUCGUUUCCUUGCGUUCAGGUUCUAUUCUCCUUGAUUUUUUUAUUACUCUAUCAUACCCUCUUCGGGCGGCGUUUUUUAGGACGGGAUAAAUUGGGGUUUUACCAUGUUGAGGGCAUUUCUGGCGUUCACAGUACCUCUCUUGUAAUAUUUCCAUCACAGCAACUGCUUUGCCAGGCAGUGCAACUGUUAAACUAGGGCUUUUCUUAUAUCAGUUUUACUCCCUACUAUGUACAUACGAAGUUCCAGACAUUCUUCGGCAAGCAAAGUAUAAGAUUAGUAAUCCCCGAGUCAUCGGAAGUGAGGACCGAGGUCACGGAGUAAUAUCGCGAUCACUACCUAGUUGGAUUUCUAAGCAUCCGCAAAUCGCCG